UAUAGCAAAUUGAACUCUAUUUCAACCGCAUGUGCUCUUUCAGCUGAGUGUGGUUCCGUGCUUGUCGCGGUCAGUCGGUGCCGGAUUAAUUCCUCGUGUUGUUAUGGCUCUCGGUAGUGAAGUGAAUGAUGAAAAUACUACGAAACAAUCUACCCAAAAAGUGAAAAAAUGUCCAGUGACCAGUAGUAUUAGCGAAAAAAGUGGUGGCGAGAAUGUUAACAAAGCUGCUAAAACCGAGAAGGCGAAUAAGACAAAGAAAGAAAUGAACACAAAUGUAAAAGCAGUAGUAUGUAGUAAUGGUCACGGUAGUACACCAAAUGGCCGUGCGGACGACGAAGGCGGUGGUGGCAACGGCACGUUACCGCGUGUCUCCUACGCAGCCGCUGCACGUAAGGCACCCUCGCCGCAGACUAAUAACUCACCCCCGCAAUUUCCGCAAAACACAGAUUGUCCUAAAUCAAAGACCAGUAGUGAAAAACCAUUGCAAUCUAAAUCCGGCAAUUCCACUACCCAAUUAAAUGGAGAAAGAUCGUUAUCGAGUGAUGACGAUAAUAAUAAAGAUAAAACGAGUACCAAAGAACCAAUUAUAAACGGAACUGAAAAUGUAAAUGUUGUCAAUGGUGACCCAAAAAAUAUUUCAGAUUGUGAUAUUAGUAGUAGUGAUAAUACUAAAAUAGUUUCUAAUGGAAUUAACAGUGAUUCAGAUGAAAUUAACGAAAUCAUUUUAACUCCAGUGUUACCCAUAAAAGAUUUCGAUUCUAAGACAGCGGGUAACAAGAAAAAGGAUAAAAAAAAGAAUAAUUCUUUGGAGAAAAAUAGGGAAGUUGAUAAGAAAAUGUCUAAAGUCGAAAAUAUUUCUGAGGAUAAAAAAGGUGAUAAAAUUGUAAAGAAAUCCGAAAAUGAAACUGAUAAAUCAAAAGACGAGACAAAUACUGUUAACGGUGAAAAGGAAAGAGAAUCUUCGCCGAGUGAAGAUGGAGAUGAGAAAAAACGUGAUGCUGAAGUUGUGUUUAUACAGGACUUGGGAUUUACCGUUAAAAUUGUCAGUCCAAAAGCUGAACCAUUGGAUAUUCAGGUUUCAAGUAUGGAGCUUGUGCAAGAAAUACAUCAAGUACUUAUGGACCGUGAAGACACAUGUCACAGAACUUGUUUUUCGCUUCAAUUGGAUGGUGUAACAUUAGACAAUUUUGCUGAAUUGAAGAAUAUAGAAGGCCUCAAAGAAGGUUCAGUAAUAAAGGUAGUAGAGGAGCCAUAUACAAUGCGUGAAGCUCGGAUACACGUACGCCAUGUUCGUGAUCUUCUCAAGUCUAUAGACUACGUUGAUGCAUACGCGGGCCAAGAAUGCAGCUCCCUUGCUUUUCUAAAUGUUAUCACACAGGGUGAUAUACUAGAAAAGAAAAAGUCCCGUCCUGAAAGUGUAGACUGCACUCCCCCCGACUACAUAAUGCCUGGUAGCACAGAGCGGCCUCUAUUGUCCCUACAUCCUGGGCUCACUAAAGAAAACAAAGCUCCACAGUGCCUAAAGGUUCUUACGACGUCGGGCUGGAAUCCACCUCCAGGACCGCGUAAAAUGUGCGGCGACUUACUUUAUCUUCAUGUCGUCACACUGGAAGAUCGCCAUUUCCACAUAACGGCUUGUCCACGUGGUUUCUACCUCAAUCAAUCCACCGAAGAAGUGUUCAACCCGCGCCCGUUCAACCCGUCCUUACUCUGUCAUUCCCUAAUAGAACUACUUAGUAUUGUAUCUCCUGCGUUCAAGCGAAACUUCGCGCUCGUACAAAAGAGGCGAAUGCAGAAACAUCCGUUUGAAAGAGUCGCCACGCCAUAUCAAGUUUAUCAAUGGGCGUCGCCGAUGCUUGAUCAUACCGUGGAUGCUAUUCGAGCAGAAGACACGUUCUCCUCGAAGCUGGGCUACGAGGAGCACAUCCCGGGACAGACGCGCGACUGGAACGAGGAGCUGCAGACCACGCGCGAGCUGCCGCGAGCCAGCCUGCCCGAGCGCCUGCUGCGCGAGCGCGCUAUCUUCAAGGUGCAUAGUGACUUCGUGGCGGCGGCCACGCGCGGUGCUAUGGCCGUGGUCGACGGCAACGUGAUGGCAAUCAACCCGGGCGAGGAGCCGAAGAUGCAAAUGUUCAUUUGGAACAAUAUAUUCUUUUCGCUCGGCUUCGAUGUUCGUGAUCACUACAAAGAUCUCGGCGGCGAUGCAGCCGCUUUUGUCGCACCGCGCAACGACCUGCAAGGCGUGCGCGUGUACAGCGCCGUGGACACGGCCGGCCUGCACACGCUGGGCACCGUAGUGGUGGACUACCGCGGGUACCGCGUCACCGCGCAGUCCAUCAUCCCCGGCAUCUUGGAGAAGGAGCAGGAGCAGAGCGUCGUCUACGGCAGCAUCGACUUCGGGACCACCGUGCUCUCGCAUCCCAAGUAUAUGGAGCUGUUAAGCAAAGCCGGACAGCAGCUCAAGAUAAUGCCUCAUUCAGUUGUGAGUGCGAACGGAGAAACGGUGGAACUGUGUUCUAGUGUCGAGUGUAAAGGCAUUAUCGGCAACGAUGGCAGACACUACAUCCUGGACCUUCUGCGCACAUUUCCGCCCGAUGUUAAUUUCCUGCAAUUAGACGAUGAUGAGUUAAGGGAAGAUAUCAAAUCUAUGGGCUUCCCUAUUAUACAUAAGCACAAAUUGUGUUGCCUUAGACAGGAAUUAGUUGAUAGUUUUGUUGAGGCACGUUACUUUAUGUUCAUACGCUACGCUGCAUUCCACCUACAACAGUUAAGUGCGAAACGACAGCGCAAGACUUCAGAACAAAAAUCUAUUGAAGCUAACAAAGAAAAUAAUAAAAAAGAGGCUAAAGAGACUGAAAAGGAAACUAAGAGAGAUAAUAAAAGUCAAGAGAAGGAAACUAAGGAUAAGAAACAAAAGAAAGAGAAGCUAGACACUGCCAAACAAACCGAAGCUAAGGAAGCAGCAUCUACUGGGAAUGUGGAGGUCAAAGAGAAAGAUGAUGAAAUAUUGCUCAACGAAAACUAUUCGGAAAUCGAUACGGAUGUUGCGAAGAAAAUAGUGGAAAGUAUAACGGACUCAAUAUGUAGUGGCGACAAGCCAGAAAAUGAUUCUGGAGAGCGUUCACGGGCAGUAGUGGCAGCGGCGGCACGGGCGGUGGCCUCGCUCAAGGAGUCCGAGUUCGACGUUAGAUUUAACCCCGACGUGUACUCGGCGGGCAUCAAACACGCCGCCACACCGGAGCAGCUCGCGAAGCAGCGCCACCUGGUUAAAGAAGCGGCAGCGUUCCUGCUCACCACACAAAUCCCAGCCUUUGUGCGCGAGUGCCUGGAGCACACGUCGGCGCCCAUGGACGGCGCGGGGCUGACGGAGGCGCUGCACGCGCGCGGCGUCAACGUGCGCUACCUGGGCCGCGUGGCCUGCGCGCUGCAGCCGCACGCCAGCCUCGCCUACCUGCACUCCAUCGCCGUGGCCGAGCUGCUGCUGCGCGCCGCCAAGCACGUCUACACGCCCUAUCUGCAGGGCUGUGAAGCCAUGUGCACGGGCGCUGCAGUUGCACACUUCCUGAAUUGUUUCCUGGGAGCUUGCCCGAACCCUGCCGCUAGUGUCGCCGAAGCCCCAGCGAAGGCAGGGCCGCGGUCGAGAGGGCGCAGGGCAAAGAAAACGCAUCACACCUCACCCUCUUCCCCGCCGCCCUCGCCCGACUGGCAGAACCUCACUCCCAAAUCGUUGUUCGCACAGAUUAAACAGGAACUCAAAGCCUACUGGGGCUACGAACUCAACGCUGAAGGCAUGGAUGCUGUGAUUGAAAAACACUCCCUUCAAAAAAUAUCCCUGUUGAGAUCAUUUGCAUUGAAGGUCGGUUUACAAGUACUGUUGCGAGAGUACGAUUUUGAAAGUAAAAAUAAAACAACAUUCUCGGGAUCAGAUAUUAUGAAUAUUUUCCCUGUCGUCAAACAUAUCAAUCCAAGGGCAUCUGAUGCAUACAAUUUUUACACGACGGGUCAAAAUAAAAUCCAAGCUGGCGCAGUAUCCGAGGGCCACGAGUUGAUAGCGGAGGCUCUCAAUCUUCUGAACAAUGUGUACGGCGCAAUGCACGGAGAAAUCGCUCAGUGUCUCCGCAUGGUGGCCCGUCUGUGCUAUGUCACAGGCGAGCACAGGGACGCCAUGGCGUAUCAGCAGAAAGCUGUUCUCAUGUCCGAGAGGGUCAAUGGGAUUGAUCAUCCCUACACUAUUACGGAAUAUUCUCAUUUGGCGCUGUACUGCUUCGCUAACGGACAAGUUAGCACUGCCCUGAAACUGCUGUAUCGUGCUCGCUACCUCGCUCUCCUAGUCUGUGGUGAAAAUCAUCCAGAGAUGGCUUUAUUGGAUAGCAACAUCGCGCUGAUCCUGCACGCGGUGGGCGAGUACGAGCUGUCGCUGCGCUUCGCGGAGCGCGGGCUGCGCGUGACGGGCGCCACGCACGGCGCGCGCUCGCUCAAGGCGGCCGUGGCGCGCCACCUGCUGGCGCGCACGCUGUCCUGCCUCGGGGACUUCCGCGCCGCGCUGCAGCACGAGAAGGAGACCUACUCCAUCUACAAGCAGCUGCUAGGCGAGAAACAUGAAAAGACCCGUGAGUCGUCGGAGUGUCUGCGCCACCUGACACAGCAAGCGGUGGUGCUGCAGAAGCGGCUGGCGGAGGCCUACGCGCGCGGACAUCACCACCCUGCGCCGCUGCACAUCCAGCCGCCGGCCAUGGCCUCCGUCAUCGACAUGCUCAACCUCAUCAAUGGCAUCCUAUUCGUGCAGAUAAGCCCUCAAGACAUAGAGCAGUUCAAAGCGGAGAUAGAAAAAAGACAGUUGAAAGACUUGCCGAUACCGGGCUUGGCCGAGGCAAGUGUGAAGGAGAAGAGCGAGAGCGACGAGCAAGGGGCCGUACUCAAGGACCUGAAAGACACGUUGAACGGCGCCGAGAGUUGAAACUAGAGAGCUCCCUCUCGCCCCAUGUUCUUACUUUACUUUUACGGUCGCUCUACACUUUGUGCGUGAAUCACGGCGCGACACUCAGCUCCUCGCUCGCUAUGAUUCGCGGUACUAUUACAGUAAGGUUCGUGCGUUUGACGUCGAAGUAGUUAUUAUUAUUAAAUGCUUAAAGGUUUUUACCUUAUAUAACCCUAUCCUAUAAGACGGUUUGGAGAAAAUGAAAAGACGAGAUGUUACUGUAAUACACUUAACUACGCGCGAGUAGUCUAUUUACCUUUCCAAAUCUUGGUCGUUAUGUCGCCGGACAUAUGUUGGAAAAUAACGUGCCAAGGAGGCGCGAAGUUUCGCAAGUGAUUCACGAACCAAGUGUAGAGCGGGAUUUACGAUUAUCGAUCGAUCAUGUUUUAUUGUUCCUUAAUGUCGAGGUAUGCCGUAGUGAAUAGUGUGCUAAGGUUUGAUGUAGAUUUUUUUUAUUAGUCUAAUUUUGAGAAUAUCGUUUCGAUCAAAUAUGUAUGAUUAAGUUUUAUUUUAUAAAUCGCAGAGUGCAAUAAUUUCGUGCAUGUGCAAUCGUUUGAAUGUUUUGUUCGAAUCGCGCAGAUUGGUCUGUUUCGGUCCACGCAGUUACACGGACACCCAGAGUAGUGCAAUUUCUUGUAGUGAUAAUAGCAAUAAGUUUUGGUUGUGAGUCCGAGACGAGCGCGUCGCUGAAAAUUUAAACUGGUGCUACUGCCAUCUUGUCCCUUUCGUUGAUGAUUACAUUGAAUUGUUGUUACCGAGUAUUAUUCAUUUUUAUUGCGGGAUUAUUAUGUUGAAAUACCCAAUAGUUUAUAAAUUCGUUUAUAUUGUCAUUGAAAUGUAACACGAUGGAUGGACCAGUCACUUUUUAUCGAUUUAUUAAUUUUAUAACUCAUUAAUUUGUUACAACGAGCAAGGAGCUUGAAUAUAAGUCACUGAAAAAAACUGCCUUAACAACUUUUAUUCUUGUCUCUCAAAUUAGUGUUUUAGUGCCAUAUAUGUAGUAAAGUUAGGUUGUUUGUUAUGUUUCUGUUAGUCUGUGAUACACACUGUUUAUCUUUGAGAUACUUGCUUGGUCGUUCCAAUUUUGCUAAUUAAUAAAAAUAAUAUAUUAAAAAUCUUAUUAAUUAAACUUUGAAUAUGAACUUAUUUGUGACAAUAACACAAAAAUCAUGUAAAAAAUAAUGUAUAUGUGUCCAGUAAAUGUUGUAUGAUGGCAAAAUUUGUAAUUAUUAUGAAAUCUGAAAAUCAUGAUUUAAAAACACUAUGGCAGGUGUCAUAUUUGCACUAUAUUGAUUUUAAAGAAUUUCAAAAACUAAUUAUGCGCCUUUUUGGACUUCAAAUGUAGACUCAACACAUUAACAGACAAGCACAAAUUGUAUGUAAUAAUCACCGAUAUUCCUUAUUUUAAAUAAAUAUGUGUUUAAAACGUGCAUAUGUUUUUAUUUUGGUGUAAUGAGAAGAGAAAUAUGCGUAAUUUUCUUAUUUGAUUUUGUUUUAUGAAAACCACUUUCUGGGUGUCCUUUUUUAUACAUUUUAUCUAAAGCAAAAUUGAAUGCAAUCGAAUUAAAGCAGUCUGUUAAUGAUUUGGGUUCCAUGAGUUCUAAUUAGAAUAGAAUAAAUAAUUGCGUAGGUGUUAUAGCAAUCCGGUAUCUUGUUGUUCGCUAACUUUAAUUAUAUCCGUGUGUACGUAAAGUCGGACAUCAUUAUUCCUAAUGUUAUGAUUAAAUUUUAAGGAAAUUGUACGAUGGUGUUCACGCCUAAACGUACAAUAUUGAUGUUAUUGUUACAUUUCUCUAACAAUAUAACGAUCAUGUAAAUACGGCGCUGUUCGUAGUGUACUAAUAUAAUUCGAUUUUAAAUAA